GCCGUCUGAUUGCGCUUUGGUGCCAUCGAGUGGUGAAAAUACCGCACGAUCACAUGUUGCGUUGAGUAUGUCCUGACCGCUAGCUGUUGUAGUGAGAAUUGGAAAUGCUCUCUUUAAUUCCCAAACUAAUGAUCACGUCAAAGAUAAUCGGAGCUUGAACUAAACACUAACUUCAGAUGUUUACAUGAAGAGAGCUAGCGGUUAUCGCUUUUAGACUGACUGACUAGCCUGACCACUGUGGAGCAGGGCUGCCCCAGCAGCCAGUCAAGAUGGACACCGCCGAGGAAGCGGACAUCUGCCGGGUCUGUCGGUCGGAGGGGACCCAGGACAAGCCCCUGUACCACCCCUGUGUCUGCACUGGCAGCAUCAAGUUUAUCCAUCAGGAGUGCCUACUGCAGUGGUUGAAACACAGCAGAAAGGAAUACUGUGAAUUAUGCAAACACAGGUUUGCAUUUACACCAAUCUACUCUCCAGACAUGCCAUCUCGCUUGCCUGUCCAGGAUAUCUUUGCAGGGCUGGUCACCAGUAUUGGAACAGCCAUCAGAUACUGGUUCCACUACACACUGGUGGCCUUUGCCUGGCUAGGCGUGGUGCCUCUCACAGCUUGUCGUAUCUACAAGUGUUUAUUUACCGGCUCUGUGAGCUCUCUCCUUACCCUGCCAUUAGAUAUGCUUUCAACACAAAACCUGCUUGCAGACUGUCUCCAGGGUUGUUUCGUGGUCACUUGCACGCUGUGCGCCUUCAUCAGCCUGGUGUGGCUCAGAGAGCAGAUUGUCCAUGGUGGCGCUCCUCACUGGUUAGAUCAGAAUCAACCUCCUUUGGUUCCCAACCAGCCCAAUGGCGCUGCACCGGCUAAUGAGGUUCUAGGUGGUAACGCUGCAGUCAACGCACAGGCUGCUGCAGACGUUGCAGCAGCACAGCACCCAGCAGACCCUGCUGCAGGCGGGCAGGCUCCUGCCAACCCACAUGAUGCUGGCAACCAGGCAGAUGAGGCAGAACUUGAUGAUGAUGAAGACGAUGAUGGGGAGGAAGAUGAAGAGGAGGAGGAGGAUGAGGAAGGCAGGGAGGAAGAUGGUGCUGAUGCAAAUAAUGGAGGACAAGAAGAUUUGAACUGGAACGCUCUGGAGUGGGACCGUGCAGCAGAGGAGCUCACUUGGGAAAGGAUGCUGGGGCUGGAUGGCUCCCUAGUUUUCUUGGAGCAUGUCUUCUGGGUGGUGUCUCUCAACACACUCUUCAUCCUUGUCUUUGCUUUUUGUCCGUAUCACAUCGGCCAUUUCUCAGUGGUUGGACUGGGCUUUGAAGACUAUAUCAAAGCUUCACACUUUGACGGCCUCAUCACCACCAUACUGGGGUACAUUCUCCUGGCUGGAGCUCUCAUGGUCUGCCAUGCAUUUGCUUCAUUAGUAAAGUUCCAGCGGUCCAGACGCCUCCUGGGUGUCUGCUACAUUGUUGUCAAGGUUUCUCUGCUGGUUGUCAUGGAGAUAGGCUUGUUCCCACUGAUUUGUGGUUGGUGGCUCGACAUUUGCUCGUUGGAGAUGUUUGAUGCCACUCUGAAAGACAGGGAGCAGAGUUUUGACUCCGCUCCUGGUACCACCAUGUUCCUCCACUGGCUGGUUGGCAUGGUCUAUGUCUUCUACUUUGCCUCUUUCAUCCUUCUGCUUAGAGAGGUGCUCCGGCCAGGCGUGCUGUGGUUCCUGAGGAACCUGAACGAUCCAGACUUCAACCCAGUACAAGAGAUGAUCCACCUGCCCAUCUACAGACAUCUCCGGAGGUUUAUUCUCUCUGUGGUGGUGUUUGGUUCCAUAGUUUUGCUGAUGCUUUGGCUUCCUAUUAGAAUAAUUAAACUGCUCUUUCCAACCUUCCUUCCCUACAACGUCAUGCUCUACAGUGAUGCCCCAGUUAGCGAGCUGUCGUUGGAGCUGCUGUUGCUUCAGGUUGUUCUGCCGGCUUUGUUGGAGCAGGGUCACACUCGCCAGUGGCUCAAACGGCUCGUCCAUGCUUGGACGUUCACAGCUGGAUACAUGCUUGACCUUCACUCAUACCUGCUUGGGGACCAUGAAGACGAUGACAACCAACCAAACAACAAUCCUCUGGGUCGCCAUAACAACAACCGCUUCCCUGGUCUGGGGGAGGGGCUUCACGCUGCCCAUCAGGCUAUUCUGCAGCAGGCCGGUCCUGUGGGUUUCCAGCCGUACCACCGGCCUGUCAAUUUUCCCCUCAAGAUCAUUCUGUUGGUUGUCUUCAUGUGUGUGACGCUAUUACUGGCUAGUCUGAUUUGCCUUACACUACCGGUGUGUGUGGGUCGCUGGUUGAUGUCUUUCUGGAUGGGCAGUGCCAUGGUUCAUGAGCUGUACACAGCAGCAAGUGGUCUAUACGUCUGCUGGCUGUCCAUUCGAGCUGCCACAGUGCUGCUGUCCUGGAUGCCACAGGGACGGAUCGUCAUCAUGCUCAAAAUCCAUGAGUGGACGCUCAUGAUCUUAAAGACCAUCGUGGUGGCUGUCUUGUUAGCUGGGGUGGUACCUCUGCUGUUGGGUCUGCUGUUUGAGCUUGUCAUUGUCGCUCCUCUCAGAGUGCCACUGGACCAGACACCACUCUUCUAUCCCUGGCAGGACUGGGCGCUUGGCGUGCUCCAUGCUAAAAUCAUUGCUGCCAUCACACUGAUGGGCCCUCAGUGGUGGCUCAAAACUGUCAUCGAGCAGGUGUAUGCUAACGGCAUCCGAAACAUCGACCUCUAUUUCAUCUUGCGAAGGCUGGCUGCCCCCGUCAUCUGCGUCCUGCUGCUGUCUCUCUGUGUGCCCUACACCAUCUCUAAAGGCAUUACACCACUGCUUGGUGUACAGCCAGAGAUGCAGACGCUGGUGGAGAGGAGGAUCUAUCCAUUCCUGCUGAUGCUGGUCAUACUGUUGGCCGUUCUGUUCUUCCAGAUACGACAGUUCAAACGCCUAUACGAACACAUCAAAAAUGACAAGUACUUAGUUGGACAGAGACUUGUGAACUACGAACGCAAGACAGGAGGAGCACAUCCACCUCCUCCUACAGCACCUCCUCCUAGAUCAGACACUGCCGUGGGAUCAGUGGAGCUGACUCACUCUGCCCAGCACUGGGAGCUAACGUCGGCUCCUGUGGUGAAACCUUUCUGUUUCCUCUCUGCUUGGCUGUCAACUUCAAACACAACCUCUAAACUUUUGAAUGCAUUCUAGUACUCUUAUUCAGAGACAAAGACCUUGAAGAGUGAAGACAAAGGAGUCUCAACUUAAUUUAAGGUUGUUAGCCAACCUGUAAAAACUGUCAGCAUGAUUGAAACUCAGCAGAACCACAUCUUUGUUGACUGUCCAUCCUGUUUAUUGUGUCCGUUCUUGUCUUCAACGCAGCUGACAUUUUAAGUUUUAAAGGUUUGAGAUGACGUCGGGUCGGUCGAUCAUAGCUUUUACCUCAGAUUGUGCUUCCCUUUGAAUGUUUGUUGUGAAAUAUUGUUUAAAUCUCUCUUAAGGGGAUAUUUUCAGAGCUGCGGGAGAGAUAUAUGGACUAUAAUGGGGCCGCCCGUGCAGUUCUGUUCCCAUUGUAGUUUUGUCUCAAAUGGCACCCUUCAUCAGAUUGAAAUUGUCAGUGAUAAGGAGGGACAAUUAUGAUGUAGCAAUGUGAUUGUAUUUUUUUUUUUUUUUUUUUUAGAUGUUUUUAUUAGAUGUGUUUUCAUUUAUUUUUAGUGUUACAUUUCUGGAGUGAGCUGUUAGAUAAUCCUUUGAGGAUUCCUUUGAACUAAAGAUGUAGAAAAAGUAGAAGAAAGUGACAGUUUAGACAGUCUGGACACAGCCCAGUCACUUAAGAUGUUCUCCUGUGAAUAGUCAAACAGUCCUGGCUGUGUACCACCUUCCUGAGCUUUUGGUUCAACGAGUCAAAUCCACCCUCAGACGAUGAGUUUAUUAACCUGAAAAAAGUCACACCUUGAUGAAGUACAGCAAAAGGUGAGGCUUCAAUAAGAACAUUUAAACUGGAAAAACAGCAUUUCAGAAUAUGCUUGUGUAACACCCUUAUAUUGACACUAAUUAUUUUGUAGAGAUAUUUAUUCUCAAAGAAUAAAAACAAAUGAGGUGAGCCGAAUGGCUGUCAGUGGCUUGUAGUGCUGCUAAUCAGCUGUUCAGACUCUCACCUUUCUGCAUUCUAUUAACAGUGAUGAGACAACAGCUAAAACAACUCCAAAUGACAACACAAAAACGUUUCCCCUGGGGAAUGGGUUGAUGGAUGUGGCCAGUUUCUUUCUUUCUAAAAUCUCAGAAGGUUUCCUUUUGGUUCCUGUCGCCUGCUAAGCGCAAUCACUCAGGUCAUGAGGAAACUCAUCUUCAUGACGUGCCUCCUGGAUGACAGCGUAACAGUUGUUACCUAAAUGUAUGGCCGUUGUAGCGUGAUAAAAUGCUUCUGGAGGCAGUUGCACCAGCUCUCCAAAAGUUCAAACUUAGCCUACUAAAUUAUCACUUAAUAAAAAUGGGUUGCACCGCACAAACCAAGUCUUAUGUAAAAAUCAGUUGUUACUAAAUAUACCCCAUAACUGACUUAUGUUGAACAUCCACGUUUUUCAAAUUCCACACCUUCAGUUUGUAAUGCAGACUUUGAUCAUCUGUAGUCUUCAAGCCCAAGCACAGAUAUCCCCAAAUGACGUCACUCUGAUAAUAAAAAUGAUUUAAACAAAAACCAAACAACCAAACGACAAAAUGACUGCCAGCAUAUUGUAUGUGUGCAGUUUUAAAUGUAAAAUAGUUUCUACCCUGACACAAACCCUUGUCUUAAGCAGUUUAAAAACCUCCUCUAGCUCACUAAUUAACAAUUUAUAUCUCGUCUGUUUGACAUGUACAAAAAACAAACUGUAAAAAAGUCCAUUUGUAGUUUCACAAGGGGGUUAUAUACUGGAAGUGUUUCUUGGCCGGGUGCAGUGAAUUCCUGUAGUCUCCACUGUUUGUCUGGCAACCUCAAGAAACGAGGAAGAAACAUCUUUCUCUUGGCAAGAAAGGGAUUAACAUAUUUCCCAAAAUGUGGGGAUAAUGUAAAAUCAGCAUCCAGGAAUUGUACUCCCAAUGUCUCAUUCCUAGAGCCACUAAAGAACAAAACCAUUGCAAUUCAAUUAAAGAAUAAGAAAAAUAAAGGGUGUUCCAACCUCUCAAAAAACGAAAAGCUGCUAAAACAUUUAUAAUGACUGAAAUAAGCCCCAGCCACUCUUUAAAACUAUUUCUUGCUGCCAAUGAAAACUGAAUCACAUUCUCUACUGGGUUCUUUUUCUUAAAUGCAUAAUGGGGAGAUUUUAGAUGUUUUAAGUUCAUUUUCUUUUUUUGGACUUUUUUUGGACAUAAAUAGUUAUAGAGAUUAAGACUUUUUUUUUUUUUCAUGCAAAUGUUUUAAUGUGUUGCACUUUAUUACUCAGUUUGCAAUCAUUUCAGGAUCCAUUGUAACCCAGUCAACAUAGCAGGGUUUGUGUGUUUUUACUUUCCCUUCACUGCGACUGAGAGAUGUGGAUAUUUUACUACGGUUACUCUGCACAAUGGGUUUUACUUAAAAGAGGAAUUUAAGUUUAGCAUCUGUUUUUGACACUGCCUUUGUUUAGAAGUGUUUCAUUUGGAGAUUGGUAAAUGUAAACUGCUUUUAUUUUGAUAUGGAUUGUGAAUUACAUUAACUUUGGUACUGACAGCUGUAGUACUGCUGUGUGGAAUGCUCACCUUAUAUAUAUAUAUGAUGCUAAAAAGUGACCUUUUAGUAUCCUCUUGAACUGAGCUGUACACUUCCAAUUUUGGUCUUGAAUUUCAGUUUCUAGAAACAAAUGAUUUCUAUUUUUAUAUGUGCAAAAAAAGACAGAGGCAUGUACUGUAACAUAAGGGUAUAUACUUUAAGGUCUAUUAAUUGUUGGUUCAGUAAUAUGAAACAAUAAUAAAUGGUUGUAAUGA